CAUCUGUUUUGAUCUGUUUGCUCCUAACCAAUAAAAACAUCACCGACGCAGCAUCGCCGCUACCAAAACAACUACAAAAGACUAUUAAAAUAAUUGAAUUGCAAGUUAAUUUAUUUAGCUAAUAUAAAUUAUUAAUUAAAUUAUGGCGGACACCGUGGUCAACGAUAUUUUCUCUUCAUAUCAGAAAUAUUUGGACAAUGAACAAGAGACGCGCGAGCAAAUUAGAACAGUUGUGAAGGAAAUUGAGACUCAUGCUAGAGAAAUGAUAACAAUUCUGCAAGUUAUUCAUCAGGAAAACUGUUUUGAAGAGAUACCACAAGCCUGUCUUAAAACAAGACAAGUCUUUGAGAAGGUCCGUCCGGAAUAUGUGAAGCUCUCUGCAUUAGUUGUCAGUGGGCAAUAUUACAGAUAUAAUGAUCAUUGGAGAUUUGUCACACAGAGAUUGUGCUUUAUUGCUGCCUUAGUGGUUUAUUUAGAAGUUGGGAUUUUGAUCAGUAAAGAAACUUGUGCAGAAAUCAUUGGAGUUAAAUUGGACCACAAAGAAGGUUUUCACUUGGAGUUAGAAGAUUAUUUGAUGGGAAUUUUGCAGUUAUCAUCCGAACUUGCACGUUUUGCUGUGAAUGCGGUAACAAGCGGUGAUUACAAUAGGCCUAUGGAGAUCUCCAAGUUUGUAUCAAACAUCAACGCUGGUUUUCGACUAUUGAACCUGAAGAAUGACUCGUUGCGGAAACGUUUUGAUGUUUUAAAGUACGACGUGAAGAAAAUCGAAGAAAUCGUCUAUGAUCUUUCUAUCCGUGGAUUAAAACCCGGUGCACAACAAUCUACUGAUUAAUGUUAAACCAUCUAUCGUAUUUUGUAAUCUUCACUACGGCUCGAUUAAUGUUAAGCACUUAAAUAAUAAAAAUAACUUGGAAAAGUUUAAAAAUCAAAAA